GCUCAGCCUUAGGGUUUUGGCUUUGGCGGCUUUUUGAGGGCGAAGCCUCCGCCGAUCGUUCAGCAGCUUUCUUCCAUCCCGGCGAAGAUCCCUGUGGAAUUCCUCGAUCCGCUGCGAAUGGCCACGCUGAAGGACGUGGUAGCCCGGCGGCCCAUUGCCGCCACCAUCCGCCUCACGGUGCCAGCCGGCGGCGCCCGCCCCGCCCCGCCCGUCGGCCCCGCCCUCGGGCAGUACCGGCUCAACCUGAUGGCCUUCUGCAAGGACUUUAAUGCGCGCACCCAGAAGUACAAGCCCGACACCCCCAUGGCCGUCACCAUCACCGCCUACAAGGACAAUACCUUCGAGUUCAUUGUCAAGUCUCCCACCGUCGCCUGGUUCCUCAAGAAGGCGGCCGGCGUCGAAUCCGGCAGCGGCCGCCCCGGCCACAUAGUCGCCUCUUCCAUCACCAUCCGACAUGUCUACGAGAUCGCCAAGAUCAAGCAGGCCGACCCCUCUUGCAAGCACCUUUCUGUCGAGGCCAUCUGCAAGUCUAUCAUGGGCACUGCGCGCUCCAUGGGCAUACAGAUCGUCAAAGAUCUCUGAUCAAUACCGCCGCCCUCGUCCGCUGCCAUGUAUCUUUGAAGACUUGCUACGUCGAACUGUCCAUAAUAAUUAGGUUUUCUAAUCAGCAAGGAAAAUAGGUGGUGGCAAAUCAUGUCAAACUUGGAUUAGGAGCAACAUCUUGACAUUUUGAGUAUUGUCACACUGUGAGCUUUUCCUAUCUUUUUGUAUUUAUUAUGCCGUCUAUUAACCCUUCAUGACAUUAUGUAUAUGAUUUAGCUAACUGAAUUGGGAAAAAGAAGAUUAUUGUCGGCCAUCAUGUGCUCCUUAUGGAAUUCUAUGAUAUUGUCGCUAGUUUUUUUCUUUUUGUGUCAGUAGGCACAACAAUUGAUUGGCAACCUUGGCUAGAGAGGGCAGGUUCCUCGUAGAUCAUCAGAAUGUUGUCAGAUAAUACUCAGCUCAUGACAGAGAUGAUUGGCCAGCUUCAGUUUGAAAGUACACUUCCAGAGAGGUUCCUCACACCCUCUUCCUCUUGCCAUUUAUGAAGUCCAAUAAUUUGUGCAACGGAGAAAAUAACAGGCUAUGAUAUACUUCAUUAGGAGAGAAGUAGAUUUCUUGCUAUUCCAAGAGAGAGCAACUCCAUUACACAUUGUAUUGUCAACCACAAAGCUGGAAUGAAGGUGGGGAUGGUGGUGAGGAACAAGUCUGUUCCAUGUUCUAGCUAAAAUUUGUGUUAGGGCAAGGGAAAUUUAAGAGCAUGGUGCAUCCAUAAAACAAAAAGACAUUGUAGAUAACAUUGGUGUGAACAUCAUGUUAGAUGCUAACAUGUACCAUAGAUUACUUUCGCUUAGCAUUUUGAAUUAGUGAUCCGGAUUCGAUGA